AUGGCAAGUCCACCUUCCGCUGCUAGCGAGUAUGAUCCCAAGAAUGAUCCAACCCGGAAGCCACAAAAGACCAAGGAUCCAGGGUGGAAGUACGCCUACUGGCCAAACCUUAGCAACAAGGAUGAGGUAGCAUGCACCUUGUGUGGUGGGAGUGUUCGUGGAGGGAUAAAAAGGUUGAAGCAACAUUUAGCAGGUGGCUUUGGAGAUGCAAAAAUUUGUCCUAAAGUGAGCACUGAAAUUAGGAAGGAGAUGGCAGUUUUUUUGGAGGCUAACAAGAGAAGAAGACCUUUGUUCCUAGAGGAUGAGGAUGGAGAAGCAGAAGUGGUGGAGGUGGCAUCAAGUGGGCCUCCUGUAAGUGAGGCACAGCAAAAUGAAUCUUCUCAAGCCGCCAAGGUUCAUCCUAGUUCAGGGACAGCAGCCAAAAGAAGGCAAUCAACCAUACAAUUGAAGGCUGUUGCGGCCGCAAGACAAUUUCAGAUUGCAGUUGAGGCCACAGCUCAGUUUGGUUCAGGGUACAAGCCUCCAACACCUUAUCAACUUGGGGAGCCAUUGCUUAAAGAGGCUGUGAAGUCAACAAUUGAUUGGUGGCGUUCAUAUGGUGGCCGUGCUAUUGAGCUACAAAGGUUUGCUAAGCGUGUGGUCGAUCUUUGUGCUUCAUCAUCCGGUUGUGAGCGCAAUUGGAGCACCUUUGAAUUUAUCCACACAAAGAAAAGGAACCGGUUGUUGCAUAAGAGGUUAAAUUCUAUUGUCUUUGUUUUCUACAACCGGAAGAUGAAAACUAGGUUCCAGAAAUUGAGGCAGAAGAAAGGUAAAGGCUUUGAUCCUUUGGUUGUUGAGGAGUUUGAUUGGGACAAUGAGUGGGGUGACUCUUUGCAUGUGCCCCCUCAUGGUGCUCGUGGUACCUUUGCUACAGAAUUGCUCGAGAUAAGGUCCAAGGAGCCGUCCCUCCACGUGCUGCUUAUUCCUGGGAAUCCAGGCAUAGCUGCGUUUUAUAAGGACUUUGUCGAAGCGCUCUAUGAAAACCUCGGUGGCCAAGCAUCUGUUACAGCAAUAGGGCACAUUUCACAUAGCCAGAAGGACUGUGAGCAUGGACGAUUGUUUUCAUUGUAUGAACAAAUUGACCACAAGGUUGAUUUCAUUGAGCAAGAGCUUCAGCAUUCUGAACAACCAAUAGUUUUGAUGAACAAGAGUUCUGUAACACAAUCAACAAUUGGAUAUAUCGCAAGGUCAUCACUCCUAAGUAAAUUGGUUAGUUUAUCUGCAUCUUUCAUCGGGUCACUCCGACCUUCAAUUACAAGGGGCAUUGUGAGAAGGUCCCUUGGACCUUCAUGGUCUGUAACAGCUGUUGAUGCUGUAUGCUGCCAUCUCUUAAGGCUUACUGAAGAACCAGACUGGACUUUCAUCAGAGCACAAGAGGAGAAAAUGGCCUUUUUGUUUGGUGUGGAUGAUCACUGGGGUCCACUAUCUCACUUAGAAGAGGUGAAGUGA